AUGACUCCACCAGCACUAGCCCUGCACAACCAUUCUCAAACAAUAUCUAAAGCCAUGAAGCCGAAAAUUCGCAUAAUUCACGUAUUUGCACCAGAGAUCAUCAAGACUGAUGCUGAAAACUUCAGAGAACUGGUGCAAAGACUCACUGGAAAGCCCACAAACAGAAAAAAACCCAGAAAAAUUCCAAGCAAUAAGAAUCCAAGAAUUUUGCCUAUGGCUCCCAAUACAGCUGAACUAGCCAUCAGAAGUGGAUUUAAUGCACCAGGAUUUAGAGAGAGAAUAAAAGGUGAAGAAGAAAUUUGGAGAAGUGCAAAUUCAGGAGGUGGUUUCUUGAGUGGUUUAUCAGAAUUUGAGGGGUUCAUGCAAGAGGUUAAUCAGUUUCCAUUGGAAGGUCUUCAAAUGGAUGCCUAUGGAGAAUCCCAACUUGCCUAA